UCAAUUACAAGAACAACAUUAUCAGCAAUAUUUGCUACAAUUAAGGGAACAACAGGUUUCCAGAACUCACACCCAAAGCAUGAAUAAUGCGAGAAAUAAUUUCGUUAACAGCGAAAGGGAGACAAAUAACUUGCAAUCAAAUACAUUAGUCACGCAAACUGUUUCACUCGAGCCAAAGUUGAUGACAGCCGAAGACCUUCACAACAAUCAUUUGGAACCGACGACGGGCUCAGACACCGACUCGGAAGACGAGAGUUUCGGUCCGAUCGCCGGCGCCUCGAUGUGGACCCGAAAGGACAUCGCGCUCUUCAAAGAGUCCAUUAGGUCUGAAGGCGGCGACGGUAUCAUCAAAGUAGGUCACGGAGAGAUCGUUACGGUUCGGGUGCCCACUCACAGAGACGGCACUUGUAUUUUCUGGGAAUUCUCUACCGAUAGCUAUGAUAUCGGCUUCGGUUUACUCUUCGAAUGGACUAAAAAUCCCGGAAAUCAAGUCUCGGUUCACAUCAGCGAAAGUGAAGACGAGGACGACGACGAAGAAGAAGGUGAGAUAGCGUUGGCUAACGAUAUAGAAAAGGGGACUCAUUUGGAUCCGGAAAAGGAGUCGAUGUCUCCUAAGAGCCAAACCGACAGUUCGCCCAUAAGUGUAAUCAUUCCUAUCUAUCGGCGGGACUCUCACGAAGAAGUGUUCAGCGGUUCUCAUGUUUAUCCCGGUUCUGGUGUUUAUUUGUUAAAAUUCGACAAUUCAUACUCUCUUUGGCGAUCAAAAACACUUUAUUAUAGAGUUUAUUACACGAGAUAAACAAUAGUCGACACCAAAAGUCGACUCAAUUAACUUAUUAAUCAGAUUUUAUUCAUAAAUAGCAGUCAAAACAGUCAACACAUUCAUUGAUUUAAUACUUUUUAAGACAUCUA